AUGGAACGUCAGGUCAUCUACGACAAAGAAAAUGACGCUGUCGGCCUUGGAAAAGAACUUCGCACAGAGACCGAACCCGACAAUGACUCCGAAGCCGACGUGAUUGAGGACUCAAUUGUGCUUAGCAACGUACUCGAUUUGUCCGGGACAACCGUAUAUCCACAAAUGAAUGUCAACAAAAACCGUAUCCUACAAUACAAACCAUUCAGCAGGGACCCGGACGACGAAGAGAACAGCGGGUUUACAGGCAAUGAGGGAAUUACCGAAACACAGUGGUAUCGCGAUACGGCGCUUGUGAUCGUGCCACGCUCUGAGUUAGCCGAAUUUUUCAUGGAACCCCUCAAAAGUAAUUACAGUUUCGGCUUUCGGAAAGAAGACGAGUUACUUCAAUUGAUCAGUUAUCUGGACAAAAAGCAACAGACCAAUCCUUUGGAUGCAAGCUGGAAAGACAACCUGUUGACAGCCUGCAAGUACGCCGUCGAGCGCUCUGAGCCAGUCGAGAACCAUGGGAGUUAUCCACGUCUAAGGCUACUUGAUUUUAGGCCUGAGCAUGAGUUCGCAAUAAUCGUACUCCCCAAGGUGAUGAAAGUCUGUCUAUCGAUAUACAGCUAUGUUCUUUUCGGGAAGGCUGCUUCUCUACGGAGGGCUCUACUGCCGCGCGAAAUCAUCCAUCAAUUUUCGUCCUGUCUGUCCCAAAAAGGGUUCAAAGUCGUUCGCGAAGGGUUGGAUCAUGCCAUUUCUCGUGAGACCAAGAUAUGUCGUCAUCAUGAAUUCCUCCAAGACUUGCUUGAUAACCUCAAAGUUGAGAAUGAUGACGAAAACAAGAGCUUGUCGACUGGAGAGGAUCAAAUGGCACUGGACAAGCUGGAGCCUCGGGACCUCCCGCCCAUGUUCGUACCGUUUCUCCCAGCACUUGUUCCAGUCAUGGAAAAACAUGGAAUUUCGGUCAAGGACAAUGCUACAUACCAGUCCAUGUACCAAACGAUAAUCAGGUCGAUAUUAGUACGCUAUGUGGACAACGAACCCAAGCGCCCCGACAAUUGGGCCCGACCGCCAUCUUCCUGCUCCUGCAAAGACUGCAAGAUCCAUAUGAACCACUUCCUUGCAAGCCCACGCGCACAGGUCGGCCAUUUCUCCUUCGCCGAGCAACGGCGUAGUCACUUGCGGUACAGUCUAAGGGAUAUCGAAUACAAAUUCGAAACUGUGAAAUAUGGGGUGCCACAUACUUUGGUCGUCACAAAAGAGGAAAACAUGUGGAGACAGGAUCACAAGCCUUGGGAGAUGAGAAACAAAGAGUUUGACAAGGCAAUGGAGGCUCUGGGUAAGGUGAUCUCGCUGGAAGCUGUCUUGGGGGAUCAGUUCGAAGCUAUCAAAAACAAAGAGGGCGUUGUUCUCCCAGCGGGCGCCAACGAUCACUCUCCGCCGUCCGACCCACCCAUCAUCUACAGCGACAAGGGAACUAAGAUGCGCACGAUCGAAAACUCACUGGAAAAGCAUUAUGGGCCAGGUGCCUCCAAGGUGAGGACAAGCAGGGCGCAACCGCCAGCGAAAAGGCAGAAGCAGACAGCCGGUCGGCAAUCCUCCGCGCAGGCUAGACCGGCUUAUUCUCAAACUAAUCCACCAACACUGCCGCCAAUACCUCUAAUCCGCGAAGCACCGGGUUCGGGCAAUGCGAGGAACCCUACGGCGGAGCGUGCGGGUGUUAAGAGGAAGGCGGAGGAGACUGGAACUAUUGAUCUUACGGAUGAUUAG